UGUUCCUCUUCUUAUUCUUAAUUGCCAUGACUUCAUUACCAUCAAUAACUCACUGCAGAACCCUGAUCAUUCCAAACAAUGAAAAACUCAUCGAAAGCACUUGCAAGAAAACACCAAACUACAACGUCUGCCUUCAAUCUCUUAAAGCAUACCCCAGAAGCUCCGGCACCGACGUCAAUGGCCUGGCCCAAAUAAUGGUGAAGGUGAUGAGAUCAAAAGCAAAUGAUGCCAUUAACAUGAUCCAUGAGCUUCAAAGAAGUAGACCAAGUCAAGCACUGAGUUCAUGUGCAAGCAAGUAUAACGCAAUUGUGAUUGGUGAUAUACCAGAAGCCACUGAAGCUCUUGCGAAAGGUGAUCCUAAAUUUGCAGAAAAUGGAGCAAAUGAUGCUGCUAAUGAAGCUACCUUUUGUGAAAAUGGAUUCAAUGGGAAAUCACCUCUCACCCAACAGAACAAUGCUAUGCACGAUGUUUCUGCUGUUACUGCUGCUAUUGUUAGAUUAUUACUCUAGUUAAUUAGUUACUUAAUUAAUUAUAUUCACUAAAUAAUAUAUGCUUUUAAGUUCUAUUUGCUAUGAGAAGAAUGCUAAAAAAAUGAGUAAAUUUUGUGA